UUACUUCACUUAUGAUAUUCAUGGCGCCAUCUGUGAAAAAAUGAAGUCCAACGAGAAAUCUGCUGGGCACGGUAAUAGUCUGAUCAAAUCUAGUAGGUCAUCUUCGAAGCGGAAUGAUUUUGAUCAGAAGAAGAAGAAAGAGGAAGAGCAUACACAACAAGUGUUUGAGGAGUUUGUCGCCACUUUUGAGGAGCCUUCCAAAUCCCGAGCUUGGGUUAAGGGUGGUGUCGUCAAUCCGUCCUCAGGCUCCUCAGAGGAUACGAAGGGAACUGGCCGCAUAUACAGACCUGUCUCAAAGUUGGAUUCUAGAGUAAAUAAAACUGAGGAACAAAAUAAAGCAGAUCUCAAAAAAUCCACUGAAAAGCCUCCAGCUCUUGGCAAGCGCAAGGGACAAGAACAAAAAAAAUCUAAGCUAGAACAGUUCAAAGAGGAGCUCAAAUUGAUUCAACAACAAAGAGAACAAAGACAUGCAUUAAGACAAGGGAGAAACCAACUCUCCACACAGUCUGAGCUAGAUCUCUCCGAUGUUGGUGUGCGUAAUCGGGAAUAUCGUAGGGGUUCUUCGAAUAAUCAGGGUGGAGAUUCAGGCAUGGGUUUUCACAACACAGUGUCGACACCACCGAGCUUUUAUUCUAAACGCAGCCAAAAUGAUCGUCAUGAUGUUGAUUACCCCUAUGAUUACGAUGGUGACAGAACAACGACAAAUCUUUUUCUUGGGAAUCUAAACCCUAAAAUGACGGAGCAACAACUGUGUGAGGCUUUCGGUCGUUAUGGUCCUCUUGCAAGUGUCAAAAUAAUGUGGCCUAGGACAGAAGAAGAACGUUCAAGAGGAAGAAACUGUGGAUUUGUUGCUUUCAUGAAUAGAAAAGAUGGCGAACGAGCCCUCGAUAACAUUAGAGGGAAGGAACUCAUGGGAUUUGAAAUGAAAUUAGGUUGGGGGAAAAGCGUCCCGAUCCCUUUAUACCCAGUUUACAUUCCUCCGGCAUUGCUUGAGUUGGUUAAACCACCUCCCCCAAGUGGACUACCAUUUAAUGCCCAACCUAGAGAGUGGUUGAAGUCAUUUCGCUUGGCGAUCAAGGAGCGAGCCAAACUUGUAACUGAUGGUGCAGACGGUGACAGCGCGCCACCACCUCCAGCUCCAGACCGAAAGCCAUACGAUAUAAAUAAAAUGUCGAGUGAAGAACUUACUGAAGUUCUCCGUGAAGCGGUGGUUAAGGUCGUUAUGCCAAGUGAUAGAUCCAUACUUGCUCUGAUUCAUCGCAUGAUUGAAUUUGUCGUUCUUGAAGGUCCUCAAUUUGAGGCCGCGGUUAUGCAUCGGGAAGCAAAUAAUCCUAUGUUUAAAUUCCUUUUUGAUUAUCAGUCUUCGGAUCAUGUAUACUAUCGCUGGAAGUUAUGGUCUGUUCUACAUGGCGAAAGUGUAACCAAAUGGCGUACAGAAGAAUUUCGAAUGUUUGAAGGUGGUCCGCUUUGGCGUCCACCUCCUGUUAAUUUAUUCUCUGGUGGCAUGCCAGAAGACCUUGUUGAAGAAGAUGAUUAUCCUUACGCUCCAGGAUAUGUUCCACCGCCUUCUGGAAGAAGACGUGAAUCUGAAGACCUGCAAGAAGAAAUUCGUUUAGAAGCUGCUGCCGCUUCGCGUCGUUGUGGUUUAACGGAGGCACAAAGAGGUCGGUUUACUCAAAUGCUGGAGGAUCUUGAACCCUGUCGCAUUAAAAUAGGCGAGGUUAUGGUGUGGUGUUUGGAACACGCGGAUUCUGCCUCCGAUAUCGCCUUGUGUAUAGUUGAUUCAGUUGCUCCAAAUUCGAAUUUCACUUCAAAUCAUUUGGAAAAAGAAACAAAUUCAGCCGAUGAAAAUCCUAUCUCAGACUUGAAAUCCGACCAGGAUUCUGCAGAGCAUGAAAAAUCUCAAUCUAUAAGCAUAAAUAAAUUGGUCGCUCGUUUGUUCUUGGCUUCUGAUAUACUAUAUAAUUCGUCAGCUAAAGUUCCAAAUGCUUCUUUCUUUCGAAAGUGUUUUGAAACUUGCUUACCAGAUAUGUUCAAAAACCUGAAUUUGCAUUAUAAAAAUGUAGAGGGGAAACUUAAAGCUGAACAAUUGAAGCAAAAAGUCAUGCUUUGUUUCCGUGCGUGGGAAGAUUGGGCCGUAUAUCCGAAUGAAUUCCUCAUCAAGUUGCAGAAUAUAUUCUUGGGUUUGGUGUCCGAGGCUGUUGACUAUGAAGCCGACCUGUCAGGUAUUCCAUUAAAUUUGGAUGAAGAUGAGCAAAACCAAGAUUUGGCAAAAAAAAUAGGAUUUUUAAAUCCGGAUGUCGAAGUUCUAGAAAGCCAACCAUUAGUUCAGUAUGAUGGAGAUCCCUUGGAUGUUGAUGGUAGUCCUUUAGAUAAUGAAGAUGAUCGGUCUCCUUCACCAGUCCGCCCUAAGAAUUCGCAGCUCAGUGCAACUACAACAGAGGAUGAAGUUAAACCAUCCGGGGAUACUUCUAAUCGUUUAUUUGUUCCAAGCAAAUGGGAAACUGUUGAAACUACUGAACCGGAGGCAUUAACGGUCGCAAGUAUAUGGGAAUCCACUUCUAUUUUAGAUACGAAAAAAGACCAAUCUAUCUCCAAGUCCAAUGAUAACAUUCAGAAUACACCUAAUCACCUUCAGAACCAACCGAAUGGUUUAAAUAAGGGAGCAUUUCUUCCUUCUGAAGUUGUUAAUGGAAUCCCACUUGAUACAAGUCGAUGGAGUAACAAUGCUUCAACAAAUAAAGUAGAUGAUGAUGUAGAUGGAGAACCAUUACCUAUUUUAGGAGGACUUGUGGCUUAUGAUGACGAAGAUGCUACCAGUCCAGUUGCGAGUGAAUCUAGUCUUUCACCUGUACCAGUUUCUCAAAUUCCUUGUCCAACUCCCGUAACUUCCACAACUUCUCAUGUUUCUUCAACACCUAGUAGUACUUCGACAACGACACCUGUUUCUGAAGAGCGCCGCGCUAUCUUAAGAGAAGUUGAACUCAAGGUAUUAAAGUAUCAAGAUGAGUUGGAGGCAAGUCGUAAAGGAGAUAAAACUAUUACGGAUGAAGCUAUAAACAAGCAAAUUCAACGUUACAGAGAACGCCUUUUAGAAAGCCUAGUAGAAAAUGAACAUUCUGUACAUAAAAAAGGACAUAAAUCUGUUCAUCGUAACAAAUCCAAACCAUCCAAAAGUAUUAAGGAGAAAAGUGGUCUGACACCUCAUCAAUCUAAAUAUCAGUCGCGAGGUCGUGAUAUGUCAUCCUCCCCUACUCGAAGGAAUUCAAGGGAUCGUUCACCUCCGCGUUCAUUCCGUGAUCGCGAUCGCCCUCGCCGACGUCAUGCUUCUCCUUCUGGGAGCCUGGGUCCUGGAGACUGGAGUACUUAUAAUAGCCCUUCUAUGAGAAUGGACUCACGAAACUCUAGCGAACGUCGGAGGACAUCUGCAUCAGCUUGGGAGCCUGACUCCACAGAAGAUGAAAUUGGCUACUCAACACAUUUAGAAGAUGUGGAAGAAGGAGAAGCCACUGAAGAUGACGAUGCGGGGGCAUUUACUUCAAAUCAGUCCCAUUCCAUUACUCCAAAGAAAAAACAUGUUCCACACAAAUCGAAUCGCAAACGACACCGUUCACGAAGUCCGGACCAAGCAGCAGCCCACAAUCGCCAUUCUCAUUGUUCUCGGACUCCGUCACCAUCCAGAAAAAAAGUACAUUCGUCAGACUCAGCCUCCAGAAGCCUAAAGAGGAAAUAACAUAUUUCUCAUUGCUUUGCACAGACGGUGUUUCAACUUACACCUUUGUACAGUUUCUAAUUUUCUCUUAAUUUUGUUUGUAUGUCUAGGUCCGAUGAUAAUGUAGUAAUACCUCUAUCUUCAAAACUGAAUAAAUUAUCAGCAAUUUCAGAGUUUUUGAACCUUUUACUAUGAAGCUACGUCGAUCAUAACUAAAAUAAAACAUUUAAGUCUAUAUGGUUAUUCGACGUGCUAGAAUAUAUAAGACGAGUCCUUUCCUGUAGAAUUAAUUUUCUUUACUGCUGUGUGAAAGUGGUGACAAAUAUCUCAUUCUUUUCGAAGCUAAAGAUAACCCUGAAUUAUAAAAUACUCAACGCCACCGACAUGUUUGCACUACAAAAUACAAAAUUUCUAUAGAUGGUACUUUCACAUAGCACCUGUGUGACAUUGAAUAUCUAUCAUUCGAUUAAUAUUUUAUUGACUUAAAAGCAGCAUUUGACUCUGUGGACUGAGAGGUUCUGUGGUAGUGCCUGUCAUUGAAACGCGUACCUCAGAAGUACAUAACCCUUGUAAAGGCUCUUUACUCGAACACUACUAGUCGAGUCAGAGCUUAUGGCGAACUGUCAUCUGCUUUUGCAACCUCAUGUGGUGUCCGUCAAGGCUGUCCACUAUCUUUAUUUCUGUUCAACUUCAUCAUAGACAUGCUGAUGGAAACAACGUUCUCGUGGACUGAAUUCUCGGGCAUUGAUCUCCUGCCAGAAGGUCCAUUUGUCGACUUAGAAUUCGCAGAUGACACAGUCCUGUCUGGCGAAGACGCUGACAAAAUGCAGAGUCUUUUGGUAGCACUAAGCAACAAUGCCAAGAUGUUUGGAAUGCGCUUUUCUCCCUCUAAAUACAAGUUAUCGCUCCAGGACUGGUCUGCGUCAGCACCUAAACUAAGGGUAAGAAGUGAAUUAGUCGAACGCGUCGAUAGCUUCACUUAUCUUGAAAGUCUGAUGUAAUCUCUGCCCAGAUUCAAAAGCUCGUUUAGCUUUUCCCAACUUACGUCAUCUAUGGUGAAGGCGACAUAUCCGUCUAUUGACUAAUGGACGGGUAUACUAUGUGGCAGUUCAUUCCAUUUUUACUUUACGGCUGCGAAACAUGGCCUUUAAGAGUGGGAGAUAUUCGUAAGCUACUAGUAUUCGAUCACAGAUGUCUUAGGAAUAUUGCUCUCAUCUGCUGGGAUCACCGAGUAAGUAAUAGUGAGGUUAGACGCAGGGUAUUAGGGAAUGAUGGUAAAUCAAUUGAUGAGGUUGUGAAUCUUCAUCGACUGAGAUGGUUGGGCCACGUGUUGCGUAUGCCUGAACACCGUUUACCACGACGCGCAAUGCGGAUUAGUGUAGGGGGUGGUUGGAAUAAAGUUUGGAGCGGCCAAACCAAAACGUGGCAUCAGUGCUUGAAGUCACUAACUUCUAGUCUUGGCCAUAUUGGUAGAUGCAGACUACUUGGUUGGGGUCCGCGUGGCUAUCGUAACCAAUGGUAGGAGACUUGGUAACAUGAUUCAGAAUCGACCACAAUGGCGUUGGUGUAUAUACCAUUUGUCUUCCCUUAGAUGGUGAGAUUAAAAUCGUUUCAUAUCUUCCUUUCUACGAAUUAAUUCUUUCUUCCUGUACUAUAUCCUUAUACACAAUCUUUCUUUUAUAUAUUACUACCAUUGAAGUAACUACUUGAUGAAUUUGGUGUUCAUCUUGUUGUGCUAAUGAGGUGUGGCAACUUGAACCGAUGUAUAUAUAGUUGUCUGGUUCUACGUUGCAGAUGACUGACCAACUGAAAGAAUUCUUUCUGGUUGUACUUUUCCGUCAUGUUCGUUAUUGUUCUCUUUUUUUGGUAAUAAUACCUUAUAUCCUCUUCUUCCAUUCUCAUUUUUUUUGUGGCACAUAUUUGGUGGCCUCUUGUACCAAUAUUUAUGUGUUCAAUUAAAUAAAACAUAGUAUUUCGUAAUGUAAUGCUAUCAUCUUAUAAGUUUGACAAUUUCUGUUUUUAAAUUUACGUGUAAACCCAUAAUCUGAAGAAUACGACCAUUAUUUACUUAAUUGAUUGCGAUUAUCUUCAUGGUAUGCUAUCCGACAUACUGAGUACGAAUGUGAGGAGAGUUCAUUCGAAAUUCACUAAGAUGGGAAUUUUUUUCAUCUGCGAACUGAAAUCAGUUAAAAUUAAGUAUCAACUUAAAUUAUUUGCUCAAAUUUGUUUAUUUAUUAUAUAAUGUAUUUAUUUCUGUAAUUUGUUCACAAAUACAUUUUAUCUUUGCGUUGUAGUAGGUC